AUGACUUCAUCGUUUACUUAUUCUUGUGUCGCUUACGGACAACAAUACGUUUAUACUAAAUUUUCACAAGGCGUUAUGACUCUCGGUGAAAUCUAUAUAGCUCUCAUAUAUGGUCUUAUCGAUCCAACAUGCUUGCCUUCAAUGGCUAUUAUUUAUUAUGAUAAUAGAAUAUGGUGUACAGAUACACGCCGAUUAACAUUAGCAAAAGAAUUGGAAAGACAAGGUGAAUGGGAUGUACUCAAAUCGAUGCGUAUUCAUCAAGUCGAACCGAAUACUCCUCAAUAUCGAAAUUUUGUCGAUCAUCGAUUACCCUCGAUGCUUCAGUAUGAUGAACGAAUCAAUGCCGAACAAAUAGAUUUGAGUUCUGAAUUACAAAUUCGAGAUCUUUCAUUUCAAUAUGAAGGCAAACGAGAAGCAUUUCAUUUGCAAUUUCAUGGUACAUUGACAUUCAAAAUGGGAGAAUCAGUAUUAGUUACGGGUAAAAGUGGAGCAGGUAAAUCGACUUUCUAUGAUAUUUUAAAUGGUUCAAUACCAGCAAAGGACUAUACGGCUGAGAUAAAAAUUGACAACAGACAAGAAUCAAUGACUCUUCAUUCAAUUGAAAAAUGCCGAACAAUGGUUUUACAAGAUAGUCACAUGGAUUAUCGAUCAACUAUCUACAGUAUGAUUACAGAUAUUGAUGAAGAUGAUGUUAAACAAAAGAGAACGUCAGAACUCGAUUCACUUGUAUGGGAGUUUCUUCGUCUCGUUCAAAUCGAUGAUUUUGUUCGAAACGAACUCAAUGGAGAUCUCGAUGAAGAAAUGGAAAAUAAACUUAGCGGUGGACAAAAGACACGAUUAUUAUUGGCACGAGCAUUGUAUCGUGCUUAUCAACGUCAUGCUUCUCUACUUAUUCUCGAUGAACCUGAUCAAGGUUUACCUGCUGAGACAACAGUGAGUAUUAUUGACAACAUUAUGAAAUGGUAUCGACCAAAAGGUAUUCUUAUUCUUACGUUACACACUGAACGAGCACAGUUACUCAACUUUGAUCAAAUCCUACAUAUCGAACAAGGAACUAUAACAAAGAUCAAAUAA